UACUUCCGCCUAUUCCCAAAUGCACACAUUACACACUACGCCCUUUGCAAACUGCAUUCGGUGAAUCAGCAGACCCAUAAAGUUUGUACCAAGUUACAAGAAGUACUUGACCAAGCUUUAUGACUGUUUAAAUUUAUCUUAUCGUGCAUCUAUAAAGUACAUUCAGUAAGUCGAAAGGUACACCGGGGUUCUGUGUCAAAACGCGGUUGCUGAUUUUUCUUCUCUCGUCUGCAGCAGCGAGCGGGGGUGUGUGUGUUUGUUCACGGUAGGCCUACGGUUACUGUUUGCAGUUCGAGUUCGGUGUGUCUGUCUGGAGUUGACAUUUUCGGCUUGGCUUUUGCUUGGUACUUAAUCUCAUUCUUCGUGAAUCAUGGCCGACGUGGAUCCGGCAGUAGUGGCUGAUCUGUCAGCUGAGACAAAACUUCCUAAAGACACUGUUGAAGAAGUUGUCAGACAUUUUCAGGAGUUUGAUCUUGACGGCAAUGGCUACAUAACAACCGAGGAGCUUGGUGAAGCUCUUCAAAGUGUUGACAUUGUCAUGCCUGGAUAUGAACUGCGUAAUCUUAUGAAGACACUAGACAAGGACAAUGAUAAAAGGAUCAACUUAUCAGAGUUCUUCGGUCUUUAUGUUGGAAUUAAGAACAAAGAAGUUGCCAAGACCUUCCGUAAGGCAAUCUCCAAGCGAGAAGGAAUCUCAGCUCUGUCUGGAACCUCUCAUACAUCUGCUGAGGGUACUACGCACUCAGUAGCUGAAGCAGAAAAGGUGGCCUUCGCAAAUUAUAUUAAUCAUCACUACGAACUGAACAAAGAUGCAGAAGCAAUGAAAUACCUGCCUAUCAAUGAAGGAACAAAUGAAAUGUUCCAAAAAAUUGACGAUGGUAUUCUGCUGUGCAAAAUGAUCAAUGUAUCAGUUCCUGACACAAUUGACGAACGUGCCAUCAACCGCGGCAAGAAACUUAACAUCUACACCAAGCAGGAGAACCUAACCCUGGCCCUGAACUCUGCUCGUUCCAUCGGGUGUAACAUUGUUAACAUCGGAGCUGGGGAUCUUGCACAUGGCACACCCCAUCUCGUGUUGGGGCUCUUGUGGCAGAUUAUUCGUGUGGGACUGUUUGCUAAGAUUGAUCUGCAGCAGGUGCCUGGUUUGAUGAGAUUGCUGCGAGAGGGUGAAGACAUCAACACCCUGAUGUCACUCUCUCCAGAGGAGCUCUUGAUCCGAUGGGUCAACUACCACCUGGAACAAGCUCAUAGCGACCGUCGCAUUGCCAACUUUGGUGAGGACAUUAAGGAUUCGGAGGUCUACGACAUAUUGCUGAAGCAAGUUGCUCCACGCGACAAAGUACAGGAAUUUAUGAACAUCAGCUCAGCUGCUGCUCCCCUCAAGAGAGCUGAAACUGUGCUGAACAAUGCUGAUGUGAUUGGAUGCAGAGCCUUUGUCACCCCUCAUGAUGUCGUCAAUGGUAACCAGAAGAUGAACUUGGCCUUUGUUGCUAACCUGUUCAAUAAGUUUCCAGCUCUUGAUCCUCCAGAUGAGGAAAUUGAAGAAAUUGAGGAAACCAGAGAAGAAAAGACUUUCAGGAACUGGAUGAACAGUCUUGGGGUGAACCCACAUGUUUACCGUCUCUUCAGCGAUCUCUGUAAUGGACUUGUCCUCCUCCAGCUUAUCGAGAUAGUCAAGGACGAUCCGAGCUUCGUCGACAAGAAGCGUGUCAACUACAUGGACAAGCUCCGCAAACCUGGCGGCAACAUGAAAAAAGUAGAGAACUGCAACUAUGCCGUGGAGCUCAGCAAGAGCAUGAAAUUCUCUCUGGUCGGUAUCGGAGGAAAUGACAUCUAUGACGGGAAUGAGAAGUUGACCCUCGCUAUUGUCUGGCAGCUGAUGAGGGCUUACACCCUCCGCCUCCUGGCCAAGAUCAGCAAGAGUGACGAUAAGAUCAGCGAUAAAGUUGUUGUAGAUGCCGUGAAUGAAAAGCUGGAGCAAGCAGGGAAAACCAGCCGCAUCAACAGUUUCCAGGAUCCUUCCAUUGCAGACAGCCGAGUCAUCCUUGAACUGGUAGACGCAAUCCGAGAAAAUGCAGUCAACUGGGCAAACUACAAUGAGUCAGCCAGCUCAGAUGAGGAGAUGCUGGGAAAUGCCAAGUACGCCCUGUCCAUGGCUCGUAAGAUAGGAGCCCCGGUGUACGCCCUCCCUGAAGACAUUGUGGAGGUCAAACCGAAAAUGGUCAUGACAGUAUUUGCUUGCCUCAUUGCCUUGGCAAAAACAGAAGAGGAGAAGCGAAAAGAAGUCUCUGAAUAACAUCUCGUCCAACAUGUCUUACAACGAAUAUUUCUUUGUGGUACACAAUAAUUUGAAGUUGGAUCUCUGACAAGUUCUUCCAACAUUGCUGACAUUUUACCAAAGAGGUACACCUUAAACUUAAAGGGAUCAAAAAGAGCCUUCACUUUAGAAGUUGAUUUGAGUUUGAUCUAAUUUGCCUUGUUUUAAAGGAAACAUUAUAUUGUGUACAGGUGAGAAAUAUGGGCCAAAUUCUGUAGUGUUUACUGAGUGUUUGUCUUUUACAAUGUUGCAGCAUUUAUUAGUAAUUCUUUCCAUGUCAUGGGUAAAUCCUUUUGCUUUCCUUGCACUGACCACAGUAUGCACAUUCCAAGAGUUGCUCUUCAAGACUUGUUUAUAUUUAAAGUGUAAAGACAGUAUUUUCUCUAAUCAAAAAAUAUAAAUCAUUCGGCAUUUUGAAAUAUCAGUUGAAAUUUAAGAGCAUUUCUUUUUGUCAGACCAACAAAGGAACAUGUCAGUUUAUAAAACCUGCUAACACAGAAAAUUGCCAUGUAUGUUUCACACUUGGUUAAAACAAAACAUCUCAGUUGGAAUUAAAGUUUGUUGCUCGUAUCUAGCAAACAAAGGAACAAGUGAGUUUAUAAACCCAGCACAGAAAAUUACCAUGUAUGUUUGAAACUUGGUCAAAACAAAACAUCUCAAAAGUUUCAUGAAUAUAACAUGGUUUGAUGGUGAACAGUUGGUGUUUGCCCCUCGAUGUUUGAAGUUAACAAGUAUUGGGAGUUGACAAACUACAGUUUGUCAACUUCCAAUACAGAGGGGAGCUAAUGUUGUCUGUUAACCAGAAAAAAAGAGGGUUAUAUUUGGAAGAAAAAAAAACAAAACCAAAGUCCCGCAAGCAGAACAGGUUGGGGCCCGGAAAACAAUAAUUUUCUGUGACGCUGGCACGGGAUUGGGACUUGAGUCGAGUCUAGUGGGAUACCUAUUAUUGCACCCCCAAUAACAUUCCUGCAAGAAAAUAUUUUGCUAUUUUGAAGAUUCUGCACACAAUAUAUAUAUAUAUAAAAAAGUUUAUGUAUUUUUAAUUUUUUAUGAAAUGUGAAAGAACAUCAUGCACAGGAAAAGUUUGGUGGUUAAUGCUAGGUGAAGCUAAGUAAAGGGUUUGAUAAUCAAAGGUGACAAAAUCGUUAAAUUUAAAGAUAUAAAUGUUCUCCUUUUCCCUGAAAAUAUAUAAUAAAAACGAAUUGAAAUAGAUAGCUUACAUUUUGCUCGCUGAUUAAGACAAUAUGAUAUUAAGUGUCCAUCUUAAAUGACUAAAGUACACUCUGAAAUUUUAUACAAUUAUUCACCUUUUUACUGCACUUUUUUAUUAUUACAGUUGAAGUAUGAGCUUGUAGCCCCCGCUAGUUAUUAAUCAAUUAUGUAAUAAAGAAUGUUGAGGCUCUGCAUGGUGGUCUUUUGUUUCGGUUUGUGGUUCACCAAUUGGGUUAAUUUUUUAUCGAACCUUCAUGCAUUGAAGUCAUCACGCUGCCAACUCGGGAGGUAAAACGAUGACGAAACAAUUUGCAUAUAGACGCGCAACCCUCUAGCUGAGGGCACCCUUCUCAAAUGACGUCAUGUUCUUAAGGUUGCCAAGUUUGCUUUUUAAUCCAUGUUAUGUUACCCAUAUGUUUUUACUAAUACGGGCGGCGUUCAUUAAGGGAUUGCUUUUCCUGUAGAGUAAAAUAUGUAUUUAGCCAAAUGUUUUGAAAACUUUAGUUUUGUUAGUGGUUUAAGACUUUGGCUACCAGCAUUUUCAUCAUAAGAGUACAACAUUAGAUAAAAAUGUGUAAGUAAUUUUGCACUAUAAAGCACUAUAUUUUUCACGUAGGCUCUUUCUUCUAAUGUCAAAUUUAUUAUUUUUUUAAUUUUAAGUUUAUUCUGUUUUCUUAUACUAUACAUUAACGGUAUGUUAAAUAAAUCAAAGUUUUGAUGUAACUAA